AGAAGACAAAUACAACACAACUCCGCCAAAUAUAAAAUUGGGGUGGAAACGAGAAAUGUCUUGGUCACGCAGUCUUGUUGAAAACGUAUUUGUCGUCCUAUCCGCCAAAACGCCAUUCCGCCGCACCAAACUCAAACCAAAAGCAACGUACUGAAGACCUGUGAUUCUUCCAGGCGUUGCUCCGAUCACCCAAGCAGUUCGGUUAUCGUAACUUCAAUUAUAGUCUCUUCUUCAUUACAUGAUCUCUUUCCACUUCCAUGAUCACAAAACACUCGCCUCUCAUCCUUUUACUCGUUUUUCUCCUUCCCCUUAUCCCGGUUCAAUCAAACCGCCGCCACUGCCACCAAACAUGCCGUCCGCACCGCUCCCCCGAUGCCUUCCCCUACCCCUUUGGCUUCUCUUCCGGCUGCGCAAUCCGACUCAACUGCAACCCCUCUGCCGGAAUCCUCAUAGGAGAAUACCCGGUCCACUCCAUUAACUCCGAUACCAUAAUUGUCGGCGUCAAAUCCCGAUGCAAUCGCCCGUUUCAUACCUUCGGCCAACUCUUCAGCCAUAGAUACGCGCCCACGUCGCGAAACGCCAUCCUUUUGCAAAACUGCAGCAAAACGGUCUCCCCAUGCAUCAUCCCGGCGACCAUGGUGCAGACUAGAUUCGAGUCGAAAAACUGCAGCUCCGGCGGUGGCAAUUUGAGUUGCUAUUACGAAAACUCGACCGCUGAUUUCAUGAAUCUCCAGAAUUUAACAAACAAACACUGUACGUACCUCAUGUCUUCGAUAGCGGCUGAGGAUUUAAGGAACAACUCGGAUGUGAGUGCGGUGACAGCGGUAUCAUUGGAGGUUGAGACGAUUGAGCUCGGAUGGUGGCUGGAAGGAGAGUGCCAGUGUUCCAAGGAUGCCAAUUGUACGAGACUAAAAUCGCCGAUUGACAAGAAGCCAGGGUACCGGUGCCGUUGCAAGGAAGGAUUCACGGGCGACGGGUACUUGGCCGGAAGUGGUUGUCGGAAAGACUCUUCAACCUGCAACCCUGCAAAGUACAUGUCUGGCCAAUGUGGAGGGGCAACCAGAUUUGUUGUCUUGAUUGGAGGAAUGGUUUUUGGAGCUUCGUUAAUGAUCGGUUUGGGCCUAAUAUCUACUAGUCAUGCCCAAUGGAACAUUAAAUCAACAUCUGUUGAGGGAGAGAGGAUUGGGCUCCCAUGGUCGGUUCGACUCACUAUUGCUGCUGAAACAGCACGAGCCAUAGCACACCUCCACUCUGCCAUUGAUCCCCCCAUUUACCACAGGGACAUUAAGUCAAGCAACAUACUGUUGGACAACAAUUUUAGAUCCAAAGUGGCAGAUUUUGGUCUUUCAAGGCCUGGAAUGACCGAAAUAUCCCACGUUUCAACUGCCCCGCAAGGAACGCCUGGCUAUGUUGAUCCACAAUACCAUCAAGAUUUCCACCUUUCUGAUAAAAGUGACGUUUACAGCUUUGGGGUUGUACUUGUUGAGAUCCUAACAGGAUUGAAAGUGGUGGACUUUACUCGUCCCCAGAAUGCAGUGAAUUUGGCUUCUUUUGCUACGGACAGGAUAGGGAAGGGGCUUUUGUAUGAGAUUAUAGAUCCAUUCCUGGAAGCACAUAACGAUGAUUGGACACAUUUCUCCAUACACAAGGUAGCCGAGCUAGCAUUUCGCUGCCUCGCAUUCCACAGGGACAUGAGGCCUUCAAUGACAGAAGUGGCUGCUGAGCUAGAGCAGAUCAGACUGAGUAGGUGGACAACCUUUGAAGACAGCAAUCGAAUAGCCUCAACGGAGUUGUCCUCUUCUUCUCCUUCCUCUGAUGAGAGUGAGAAGCCUCUGAGUGUGAAAGAAAAUACGGUAGGACCGGAGGGCAAAGGGCUUCUCAAGUUGCAGACUAAGCCUGCCGCGUUAAACUUAAUGGAAAGGCCGAAGAGCUCUCCGGUCUCGGUGCAAGACCCAGAUUUUUGGCUGAGCGAACAAAGCUCUCCUUCAUCGAAUAGUUUGCUGAGUAAAAAAUCAUUCGAGUGACCUUAUGCGUCGGUAAACAUGACCCUGGUGGUCCCGCUUCCCAGUAUUGCUGUAGUUAAGAACUUAUAAUAGGAGACCGAUUCUGAUGUCGUUUUGAGGAGCAAGAUGAUCGUCUAUCCAACUAGGAUUUGGAUCC